AUGGCCAAAUUUCUUGUCAGACAGUGGAGAAAAAAUGGAAGUGUCUGGUCAGGAGGAGUCUGGCCAGGAAUCUGGCUUUGGGACAUGCCGGACUUGCCUCAGAGAUUCCAAACAAAUGCAGUCUAUCUAUAAAACCGUUGAGAUUUCCAAGAGAAAAGAAGAAUUGGCGAUUUUUCUGAAGGAAUUGACCAAUCUUCAGUUUGUUCAGGACGAUGGAUUAUCAAUUUUAAUUUGUCAGGAAUGUAUUGAGAGGCUCUCUGGUGCAAUUUCAUUCAAGGAUAUGUGUUUGAAUUCCUACAACACCCUUCGAGGGAAUAUUGGGAGUAGUAAUGUGAUUAAGAUCGAAGAAGUUCUCUUGGAGGAAGCUCGAGUAAUUCAGGAUAAUCAUGAAGGCAAUAGAGAUACAAGAAAUCAACGAACUACAAGAUCAAUGGAUUUAAGUCUCAAGAUUAAGGAAGAACUUCCUGAUGUUGAAGAUUACAGGGAAGGCUGCAUGAAUGAGGAGUGUCCUGGAAAUAACAGUAUGCAGGAUCACAUGGUGACAGUACCAAAAAUUGAAGCAAAUGUUGAGGUGAUUGAGGAUAAAUUAAAAUGGUGGCGAAGUGAUGGUAAACCCUUUCAGUGUGAUAUGGAGGAAGUGGAGAUUCCCAGGUACUAUGGAAAUUCAAAUUCAUCAAAGAAAAACAAACGUGGACGGAAGAAGAAGUCAGAAUGCCCGCCAAGCACACAAAAUCAAGAUCCUGAUUAUAAACAAUCGAAAGGAAAAAAGUACAAAAAAUACAAGAACUACAAUAAGCCCCACACGUGUCCUAUAUGUGGGAAGGUCCUUAUUGGUAAUCUCAAAAUUCACCUAACUUCCCAUUCGGAUGAGAAACCCUUUGAAUGCGCCCACUGUUGGAAGGCGUUUAAGAAUAAAUCCUCCCUUAGGGGGCACAUUAUUAGCCAUUUGACUGAUCAACCCUAUAAAUGCAGCAUUUGCCAUCAACAAUUUCCUACUAAAACCAGAUUUGAUAUCCACACGAGGACUCACACAGGGGAAAAGCCCUACUUGUGCCCAAUCUGUGGCAAGGGCAUGUCACGAAAGAUUGACCUAAAUGUUCAUAUUUCCACCCAUUCCGACGAAAGGCCGUAUGAAUGUGAAAUUUGCAAGAAAACCUUCAAAACAAAAGGCAAUCUCUACCACCAUGGAUUGUCUCAUACCAAACGGACGCGUUUUGAAUGCGCUCAAAUUCUGAUGAUACGUCCUGCUUACUAUCUAAGGUAUUACUAUCUGGAUAUUAAAGCUCUGAAUACAGGUGGGAGAGAACUAGAAACGACAGGGUGCCUCUCAGCCGUUUAAAGAGCGAACCGCUCAUAGCAGGGAGGAUCUUUUCCUUUAACCCUGAACAGGAAAUGCUUAGAUAGAUGGCAAGACCAAUGGCAAAAUGAAACCAGAGGCAGACUUGCCUUUUCAAUUCUACCGGAAUGCAGGAGGAAUCCCUGGUGUCUAGGGUUAGAAAAUGUUGGUAAAGAAAAAAUAUCCUUUACCAACAGGAUUAAAAGCAACCACUUCAGGCUUAAUACACAUCUGGCUCCGGUUUGGUAUAGUGGAGAGUAUGUUAUGUGAUGUUUGUAAUUUAUAUGAAGAUGUCGAUCAUGUGCUAUUUACUUGUCCUAAGUAUGGUAGCGGGAGAGAGGAUCUUGUUAUUGCGUGCAGUGAAGUCUGUGAUAGUCCUUAUUCUAGGGACAUUGUGGCACUAGCCAUUAAGCAGAAGAGAUUGGGACCAUUGAUGGGAAUCGCUGAUUUUCUGAAACGGAACAGAAUCUUCUUAUAAAGCAACCGACUUGCCUCAAGAUUGCAGUUUAGUAGUCCCCUUUGACUACAGACUUUCUAAUUCUAAUUCGGGUGGGAGGGUGGCAAAAAAAAAACAAACUCUGAUAUUUUUCUUCUAAUUUUCGUAGAGCCUACUAUGAUUGAACUAAAAUUCUUAAACCUUUUAACUGCAAGCAAGGCCUACUUGGUUUCCAAAAAGAUUAAAUUUUUUCUUGCAUUUCCUCUUAAGGAAUGUGGAAGGAAGUGCCGCACUAAGCAGGUCUACGUGCAGCAUCUUCGUACCCAUACCAAGGAGCGCCCAUUUGAAUGCAAUUUUUGCCACAAAACCUUCAAUGCUCUGCACAUUCUGAAGCGUCACAUUUACCUGCACACUGGCGAGAAGAAGUACAAAUGUACCAUCUGCCCAGUGGGCUACAUCCAACGGCAGGAUCUCACGCGCCACAUGGCCAAGCAUAAGGAGGAGGAAGAGAUAAAAACGCCAGGGUAGUGUUUUAGAAUCAGAACGCUUUAUUUUUCGUGAAGUUGUAUUCGAAUUGCAAGUAAUAAAUUCAUUUCUCUCUCUAAAA